AUGGUGCCCCCUUCGAAGAAGCGCAAGCUUCCAACUGCGACCGGUCCCGCCUCGAAACGCUCAAAGAACAUCUCCAAGAAGAAAUCCGGCGGAAAAGAAUCGCGCCGAGCCGUCGACGCUACAGCCCUCGCCUGGUCAUCGGUAGGCGAGGACUUUGGAGGACUCGAAAUUAUCGAGGGUGUGGACGUGGUCAAGGAUGGUAGCAGAGUGCAAUUCCUCGUGGCCGGCGACAAGAGCAACAUAAUCGAUCCUCAACAAGAACUUCUCGAUGGGGACGAAUCUUUUGAAGGGUUUGGUGACGACCCUGUGGAGGUCGGGGAUAUCGAUCCCGGCGAAGCUGGCAGUGGUCAAGGUGGCUUGGAGAGCGAGAAGCCUCAAGGGAAGAAUAAGGGCAAGGCUGGGCAAGGGAAAUCAGAACAAGAAAAGACCAAGAAGAACAAAAACAAAGACAAAUUGGAUGGGAAGAACAGUGGCGCCGAAAAAGAAGACGAGCAGCUGGACAAGGCCUCGAAAGUCGUACAAAAGUCCUCUGCACGCGGGGGCAACACGUUCGGCGCGUUGGCCGAUGCGAACGACUACGCAGACCAAGAAGACGUCGACAUGGCGGCCUGGGUUCCUCUGAACCUAUCACCUCAGAUUCUCUCAGCCAUCGCGAAACUCAAGUUUACCAAGCCGACUUUGAUUCAGGAGAAGACGAUCCCCGAGAUUCUGGCUGGCGAUGACGUUAUCGGCAAGGCACAGACAGGUUCAGGAAAGACAUUGGCUUUUGGUAUUCCCAUGGUUGAGCGCUGGCUGGAGCUGCAGGAGCAGGGUGUCAAGAGAACUGGCCCUAUGGCUGUGGUACUUUCUCCUACACGAGAAUUGGCCAAGCAAUUGGGUGACCAUCUCAAGGCACUCUGUGACGGUCUUCCUAGCGCGCCGUACGUAUGUGUUGUGACGGGUGGUCUCAGUAUUCAGAAGCAGCAGCGACAAUUGGAGAAGGCUGAUAUUGUCAUCGGCACACCGGGUCGCUUAUGGGAGGUUCUUAGUGGUGACAGGGCUUUGCAAAGCAAAUUCGCCAAGAUCAAGUUCCUUGUUGUCGACGAAGCCGAUCGACUCUUCAAAGUCGGCCAAUUCAAGGAGGCAGAGGAUAUUAUUGGUGCUCUAGAUGGGAAAAGCCCAGGCGACGAUGCAGAGAGCUCAGAUGAGGAAGAGGAGGAAGAUGAAGAGGACGAUGAGAGUAGUGCCCGACAGACUUUGGUCUUCUCAGCAACUUUCGACAAGGACCUUCAAACCAAAUUGGCUGGAAAGGGCAAAUCUACAGGAAGCGAUGAGGAGAAGAUGGCUUAUCUGAUGAAGUGCCUGAAAUUCAGGGGUGAGCCUAAAUUCAUCGAUGUCAACCCCGAUCUUUAUCUCUACACCGUUCUCCUUCUCAACCCUGGUCGCCGCACUCUCGUCUUCACCAACUCUAUCUCUGCUGUUCGCCGUCUAACACCCCUUCUCUCAAAUCUUAACCUCACAGCGCUACCUCUGCACUCUCAAAUGGCACAAAAGGCGCGCCUUCGUUCACUUGAGCGUUUCACUGCUACUCGCAAUUCUAUUCUCAUUGCCACCGAUGUGGCCGCUCGUGGUCUCGAUAUCAAGCAGGUUGACCAAGUUCUGCACUACCAUGUCCCCCGAUCUGCGGAUACUUACAUCCACCGAUCUGGUCGUACAGCUCGUGGCGAGGCUAGUGGCGUGAGUGUGAUUCUGUGCUCACCUGACGAAGUACUUCCCACUCGACGUCUCGCAAGCAAAGUCCACGCCGAGCGUAGCUCGGGCACAAAGAGAGAGCACUUUAUUCAGACUCUCCUUAUUGAUCGAAAAAUGGCAUCGCGUCUCAAACCCCGCGUGGACCUGGCCAAAAAGAUCGCCGAUACUGUGCUAGCCAAGGAAAAGGCCCACAGCGACGAUACAUGGCUACGAAAUGCAGCUGAUGAACUUGGAGUAGAAUACGACUCUGAAGAUCUCGAGGCUGUCAACGCAAGUGGUGGCAAGGGUGGGCGAGGUGGUGGACGAAGGAGAAAGGAACAGGCAGCCAAGAGCCUGUCUAAGGCUGAAAUGGGUGCUUUGAAGGCUCAACUGAGAGAGGAGCUGAGCAGGAGAGUGAACCUGGGUGUUAGCGAGCGGUAUAUCACAGGUGGAAGGGUGGACGUCGGCGCUCUUUUGAGAGAAGGGAAGAACGGGGGCAUUUUCUUGGGAAAUACAGAUGGAUUGGGGUUUGACUUGUAG